UCUCCGCCCUCUCGCCUGUCUGCUUCCUCGGCGGCUCUUCCUCCCCGCGGGGCCUCCCGGAGGGAUGGCCCUCAACAAGUCGAUGCACGCCCGCAACCGGUACAAGGACAAGCCGCCCGACUUCGCCUACCUGGCCUCCAAGUACCCGGAGUUCCAGCAGCACGCGCAGGUCAGCCUGUCCGGCAGAGUCAGUGUAAACUUCAAGAAUCCAGAAGCAGUGAGAGCCCUGACAUGCACCCUGCUGAAAGAAGACUUUGGACUUCAAAUUGAUAUUCCAUUAGAGCGACUCAUCCCAACGGUUCCCUUGAGACUUAACUAUAUUCACUGGGUGGAAGAUCUCAUGGCUAUGCAAGAUCCUGCUAGCAAAGGUUCAGUCAUUUGGGGAAUAGAUAUAGGAACAGGCGCAUCAUGUAUUUACCCCUUACUUGGAGCAACUUUGAAUGGAUGGUACUUCAUUGCAACAGAAGUGGAUGAUGUAUGUUUCAGCUAUGCCCAGAAGAACGUGGAGCGAAAUAAUUUAUCUGAUCUUAUAAAAGUGGUUAAAGUACCACAGAAGACACUCCUGUUGGAUGCUUUGGAAGAAGAAUCUGAAGUUAUCUAUGACUUUUGCAUGUGCAACCCUCCCUUUUUUGCCAACCAGCUGGAAGCAAAGGGAGUCAAUUCCCGCAAUCCCAGAAGACCCCCUCCCAGCUCAGUCAACACAGGAGGCAUCACUGAGAUCAUGGCUGAAGGGGGAGAACUCGAGUUUGUCAAGAGGAUCAUUCAUGACAGCUUGCAGCUGAAGAAGAGGCUGAGAUGGUACAGUUGUAUGUUGGGAAAGAAAUGCAGCUUGGCACCCCUGAAAGAGGAGCUUCGGGUCCACGGAGUUCCUAAAGUUACCCACACGGAGUUCUGCCAAGGCCGAACGAUGAGGUGGGCGCUGGCUUGGAGCUUCUAUGAAAAUGUCAAAGUGCCAUCACCCCUUUCCAAGAAAAGAAAAUUAGAAAAGACUCGGAAGCCGAUUACUUUCCUAGUUUUGGCAUCAACGAUGAAAGAGUUAGCUAUUAAAGCUUCAUCUGUUGGAUUGGAUGCUUCUGAAGGGAUGAAGGCUGUUGUUGCAUGGAUUAAAAAAAUUCUUGGGGAUCUGAAGGUUCAGUAUAAACAUAUCCCUUGUGGAAAAAACGAAGUCAGCUUGUUUCUAACCGCUUUAGAAAACUCCUGGAUUCACUUACGGAGGAAAAAGAGAGAGCGAGUCAGACAACUACGAGAACUUCCUCGAGCAUCCAUAGAUUUCCUGCAAGCCACAGAAGAAAGUGAGAACCCUCUGAAAGAUUCCAGUAAAACAACAGUGGGUGAAGAAAAUAAGCUUGGAAGCACUGAAGGAGGAACCUUGGAAGAUGCUCUGGACCUUGAAUCUCCCGAGCGCUGUAGGCUGAAUAAUACUUCUCCCAUUAAGGAGGGAAGCAGCCAAGUGUGUACUGAGGAAAGUAGGCACCCAAAGCAGCCAGCCCUUGCCUCGGCAGGCUCUGAAGAAUCUAGUAAUGCGAAGGAUUCCAAAGCUUUUGGUAUUGCUAACCAAGCUGGACAGUGUGGCAACAUCUCAAAUGAAUGGUUCCUCUUCAAGUGUGUAUUAAAUGUGAAGAGAGAAGGGGAGGAUUCUUUAAUAGAAAUGCACUGGGUCGAAGGACAGAACAGGGACUUAAUGAACCAACUGUGUACCUACUUAAAGAACCAAAUUUUUCGGCUGAUUGGGUCCUGAGUUUUUUAAGGGAACAAGAGAAAAUAUAUUGCUCUUAUUUUUGUAAUCUUGCUUUUGUGUCAAUAAGUUGAAUGAUAGCUUUGCUAUGGAAAGUAACUGUUUUUAAACCACCCUUGUAGAAAGUGUCACUGUGCCUGCCUUUCAAGGGCAGAGCAGUGGUAGACCCUUCAUCAGCUUAUCCAUCUGCUCAGUAGAAUUUUUCUUCCACGUUUUAUACUUGUAUCGUGUCUUCCUUGAAAAGUUUUCAUAAAUACUCCUGCUUCUUUGAUCGCCGUUGCUUAAAUCAUUCUAAUUUCUUGGAAUAAUAUAGCUCUAGCAUUGCAGAACUGGCAGUCUUUGUCUGUGCUACUCUGAGGUAAGCUGAGAAGGUGCACACAUUUUCAAGCACAAGUGCUAAGAAGGUUCUGUAGAGAAGCACUCUGUAGCUCAACAAUUGACAAACUUAAAGCUGUGGUCUUAGGAAUAACUCUUGAACUCGGUGUAUAUGUAGCACAGACUGUAAAUGACACUAUAUGAAAUGAUAAUUUCAGCCAUACUGAGUUCUGUUGGCUUGCUCAGAAGUUCUCUGGGACUACAUUAGAGCAGUGAACAAGCCCUUCCCCCUGAACCAUUCUUGCAUUGUAUUACAUUUAGUGGAACUGUACAGCAGGGCUUGUUGCAAAGAUGGGAUUUUGUAAUUAACCAUUCCACUAAAACGUUUGUGAUCAGUGUCAAAAUUAAGCUGGCAGGUGAAUUCAGGACAGUUCAAAUUUAGCUGUUACUGUCACCAGACAGAUCUGUUCCAUUGAGAGUUGGUAAAAGUUCCAUGUGUGAAGGAGAAAGUGGGGUCCCACAACUCCCAGAAGCAGCAGCUACACCCAGCCCAUUCAUUCAAGUAGCAUGGCUUGGUAGUGCUGCUCUGUGAACUUGUCAUCUUUCUCUACUGCUUUUCCUUGCUGUUUACAGUAAAAUAACAGUAUUAUC